AUGCCACGCAACUCAACAAUAAAUUUUUGGGGUGUACGCACUGUUCCAAUUAGAACCACAGGAUAUGAAAAGUUGCAGUUUACUGUUGUCUUAGGUUUUACUGCUUCAGGAUAUAAACUUCCACCUAUAGUAAUCUUCAAAUUAAAAAAAGUGCCUAAAAGAAAGUUUCCAAGAGAUAUUGUUGUAGCUUCUGCAUCUAAAGGAACUAUACAUAGUGAUUUAAUGUUAUCUACAUAUAUUCCAAAAGUAAUUCAAGAAAGACCAAAUAGGUUUUUUUUAAAAAAAGGCAUACUGUUUGUUGAUUGUCAUGGAAGUCAUAUACGUGGUAAUGUAACUAAAGCUCUAAAUAUUGAAGGUUUAGAAGUUAUCAGAAUUCCUAGUAGAACAACUUGCGAUGAAUGGAUGAGUGAAGGUGAAAAAGAGUUUACAAAAAGUGGAAAAUAUAAAAAAGUUUUAUACGAACUAGCAUCUGGACUUACAUUAAAUCCUGAUGGAAGUGAAAAUAACAAAAUGUCAAGUCGACUUCAGGCAAUUGUUGAAAAUCGUAUAUAUGAUGUAAUUUUAGAAGAACCGUCAAGUAAAGAGGAAUUAACAGCAAAUCUUGAAUCUGAUGAUGAAAUUAGUGAUGAUGAAAAUGAAGAAUUUAGUGAUGAUAAAGAUUUUAUUUAUUAUAUUAGUGGAGAAGCUAGUAAUGAAUUGCUUAACAUUAAUAAAUUUAAUGAAAAGCUAUCUCUUGUCUUUAUGACUUCUAAAAUUAAACUGAUUGAUAAAAGAGAGUAA